AUGGUUUGGAGUCUGGCAAUAGGCGUGCUCAAUUCUUACGAUGUCAAGUUCAAGAUUGCCAUAAUGGGGUGGGAAUGGCAUCCUAGCUAUUACCGGAGGCUGCCGACGGUAACUGUCAGCUAUGUCAGCAAUGUGAUCCCCAUGCUUUUGGCAGCUCCCAUGAUUCUGUGCUCGCUGUUCACCAUGAUGAGCAAGCCCUGUGCUCUCGCAGGCACUAUGUUUCAACUUGACUAUUUAGAAUGUUGGAAUAUACCUUACCUGUAUAGGGAAGGGGCAUUUCAGCAAAUCCUUCGUGUUCCUCGAGGACAAUGGCAAGACUGUCUGUCACACAGCCCACCAAUCCUGAGCCUUGCCAGAUUUAUCGUUUCAUCUGAUCCCUUGCUGGAGUUGUUGGAGAAGAAUAUGGACCACCUGAUCCCAGCAUUCACAACAGUGAAGAAUACCCACCCCAUGGCCUUCUUGGCAUGGCCGCAGAGAAGUACCUUGAUGCUCAUGGCUAUAAGGGCAGUGCCGUCUUUCACAUCCUACUUGCAUUUAAGGAGGCAUACUUAUGUCUGCCCAAGGGGCAUGUCUCAGGCCGAGGCCAUUUACAUAUAUGAGCUCAUCAGCGGCUCUGAUUUUGGGUAUGAGGAUUACAAAGCUGUGUACUAA